AUGUUAUGUCUUUAUUGCAGAAUAUUAUGUGACAGAUCAUUUUCGCGCUCAUGGUGCAUGGCGCCAUGAGGAGGCUUCGUCAUCAGAACUUACGUCAUUACGUAGGAAGUAAACAAAGCAAAAGGAACAGCCGUCCAGACGCUCACGAGACCUUCUACUGAGAGCCGUGACAGCUCGAACAGGUGUGAUGUUACUCUGGCAAGCGUGAUCUCCACUUCUCUCCUUGAGGGUGUGAAGACGCUAACCCCUGCCGUGCCAUGGCUGAGGUGUUGGGACAGAGGAGCUUGUUGGGCUUUGGUGUGGUGUUGGCAUGGCUAGUGCUGUUUCACCUGCUGGUCAACAUCUGGCUGUUGUGCAUGUUCACCAGCUUGCUGGUGGUGCUAGGUGGCUGGCUCGGCUCGCAGGCUGUGCUGGAGUCCAACAGUGUGAUUCACCUGGAGAGAUUUAUCACCCUGGAGCAGGUUCCACCAUCUGUAGAGGAUGAGCAUCACUUGGAUCAGGAGAUUCACAACACAGUGAGGAAAAUCAUCAGGGACUUUGUCACUUCGUGGUACUCCACUGUGUCAUCUGAGAGUGGUUUUGAAACAGAGGUUCAGGAGGCCAUGAUCUCUAUGGCAAUGGAGCUGAAACUGCGUGCAAGACAUGUUGAGAGAAAGGAGCUGACCCAGAGGAUCCUAGACCUGUUUGGCUGCCACCUGCAGGACUAUAUCAGAGCCAAAGAGCUGGUGACCAAGCAGCAGAUGUCCCUGACAGCUAAUCAGAGCACUGAGAGCCAGCAGCUAUGGAAAGCAUAUUCCAGUGUUACCAAACCUCACCUUGCCAUGACCAGUGACAUGGUGGAAGUCAACUAUGUCAGAGCAGUUGUGGAUUUGUUGCUACAUGUGUUGGUGCCGUCACCUCACUUGGAAACCCGCACCGGUCGAUUUGUCGUCGGAGAGCUCAUAACCUGCAAUGUCCUGCUUCCUCUCAUUGAUAAACUGUCUGACCCUGACUGGUUAAACCUCCUCAUGAUAGCAAUAUUCAGCAACUCCAGCAAACUGCAGGAGACAAUAGCAACAGAGACAACGGCUUUAUCCCCACUGCCACCAGCACCACCUGCUGAAUCAGAUCUCGCUCCGCUACAACAAACACAUGCAGCUCAGAAAAAUAGUGAAGCUCCUCUACAAAGAACAGAGACUGAAAUGAUCAAUCACACAGAAACAGCCAUGCCUGAGCUCACUGCAUUUGAUGUGGUUGAGUCAGACGAGGUGGACUUUCCACACAAUAACACUGAAGAAGAUGAAACUACUCAACCCUUUUUAAGGCGUUUCAUGAGAGGAAGCAAGUCAAAUCCUUUCUACCAGGAAAAUGACUCUGACCUGGAUUCUCCAUUGGCUGAUUAUAAACGGAGUUCCAUUGAUUCCUUGGUCAUGGUAGGGCAAGAGGAAGGUCUGUAUGACAGACAGAAAGAAUGCGGCACAUUUGUUGAGAACAACAGUGCCGUGGACUUGGAGAAUGUUUGCCCCAGUCCAGUGGAUGGCUCUUUCCCUAAAGUCCUGGUGAAUUCAGAACCAGUGGAGCAUCCAAAUGGCAGUGGUCCCUCUUCAGCCAGGAUAGCAGAGGGUACUCCCACUAUGAGCAACCUGCUGGAGCUGGAGAGGGAAGGCAGUUCCCCUGCAGUAAAUCCAAACAGAGAGCUACUUCUGGGUGUAGAACAGACAGGGAUGGGGAACCCCAAUGAGCUCACUGUUGUCAGUCCACUGCAGGGCUGUUCCCCAAUGGGGACGUUCAGUUUUGAGCCUCUCAGCAGCCCUGAAGGUCCAGUUAUCAUUCAGAACCUCCGCAUCACUGGCACCAUCACAGCUAAGGAACAUCGCGGCACUGGCUCGCACCCCUACACACUGUACACCAUCAAAUAUGAGACAGCAAUGGGUUGUGAAAACCCAGGAAGCAUCCAGCCAGGGUGUGAGGAUGCUGAAGCUCUACAGACAGGUUGUGAGAAUCCAUCAUCUGUUCAGCCUGUAGCCUAUCACAUGGUCAACAGACGAUAUAGCGAAUUCCUCAACCUGCAAACACGGCUAGAAGAAAGAACGGACCUACGGAAACUUAUCAAAGGUGUGAAAGGUCCAAAGAAAGUAUUCCCAGACAUGCCUUUUGGAAACAUGGACAGUGACAAGAUUGAGGCGAGGAAAGGACUCCUUGAGACCUUUCUAAAACAACUGUGUGCCAUCCCUGAAGUAGCCAACAGUGAAGAGAUGCAGGAGUUUCUCGCUCUCAAUACAGAUGCCAGGAUCGCUUUUGUCAAGAAGCCUUUCAUUGUGUCGCGCAUAGACAAGAUUGUGGUAAAUGCCAUUGUGGACACCCUGAAGACUGCGUUUCCUCGUUCAGAACCUCAGAGCCCUACAGAUGAUAAUGAAGCAGAGGUGGAUGGAGGAAAAAUACCUGCAGACAAGAAGAGCAAGUCUCGUCUGAAGUUUUCCAGUAAAAACAUCCCCUUUAUGAAUGGAUCAGACAUAAGACCACAGGUUUUGUUGAGCUGUGACCAAACUAGCACGGUGUUUAAAAGGAUGUCUUUAAGAGGUUUGCAAGAGUUUAUCACUGAGCAGGAGAUAGUGUCCGUCAGAGCCGAGCCGGAGAGGGAAGGCAGUCUCGUAUUAGGUGAAUUCCCCAGCCUAACCCUAGGCUGUCUGGAUGACGACUUGAGUGGAAAGCAGAGUCAGGAACAUGCAUCUGAGACAGCCCUGGCUGAAGUGGCUCUGAAUAUUCUGUGUGUGCUGAUGAAGGAGCAGUGGAGCUGGCUGUGCACUGAAAACAUUCAGAAGACCAUAAGGCUACUGUUUGGGACCCUCAUCAACAGAUGGCUUGAUGUAAGUGUAGCCAAUCUGACAUGUACCAGGUACUGGGUGGUGUACCUGCAGGUGAUCCAGGAGGCUGUGUGGCCAUGUGGAGCUCUGCCUACUGGUCCUCGACUUGAACGUAGUCAACAGCAGAAGCACAACACCAAGCAAGAAGCCUUGCAUUGUCUGAUGAGACUUCUUCCAGAUCUGGUUUCAGACAUGUUGGGCUCUGAGAAGUACAAACUCAGCUGGCAGACUGCAUUGGACUCUUUUCAAGACCCCUACAUUAACAGACACCUGGUCUACUGUCUGUUUGACCUGCUGCUGGAGUUCCUGGUUCCUGAAACACCUGAGGAGGACUUCCAGAGAAGCCUGCUGCAGACCCUCUCUAAGAACCCAGAGAAGCUGCUGGCAUGAGGAGACAACAGGCAGGGAGCACCUUCAUAUCCACCUUUACUUUGCCAUCAUCCUAAUUGAUUUUUCUCCACUGAUGAUUAGCUGGAAAGCAGCGUGAAACUAAGGCUGCUCCUGUUCUACUAAUGUUCUGCAGUAAGAAUUUAAGUGAAAUUUGUGGUCAGGCUGAGUGUCCUGUGUCCCCACUUUAAACUCACUCAGGCUCUGUCUCUUAUUAUGUGUUGUAGUGACGUAUGAAGCUCAUGAACAUGGUGUCCUGUAUACACACUCGCUCUGAAACACACACUACAUUUUAAGCAGCUUUGAUUACAUGAAAGCACCUGGUUUGUGUUUGAUCUCACAACAUCUCUGACGUGCUGUUCAGAUGUAAACACGAAGCAAAGCCUCCUCCGAUCUCCGUAUCCAGCCUCUUCCUGCCUGUUAAACUCCCCAGCUUUGGCUAAACUCACUUCAGAUGCGUCUCACACUCUGCCCUCAUCUCUUUCUACAGUCUUUGAGUAGAAAAACUCACACCUGUUGCUCUAAUCUGGAGAAGUAGGAUUUGCUUUUACCCUUCAACUUGAAUCUCACAACACUCUGCUGGGAUUUAGCAUGACUAUUCUAUUCUCUGUUGCCCCAUUCUUCAAUUUCCCACUGGCCCUGUAUAGAGCCACAUAUGUGAUUCUAACAUAAUGUGAGAUAUUCUUCCUAAACCUGAGCCUUCCUUUGGGAUCACAUGUCUCUGGUAGUGAUUUAACCUGGAAGUGUCCAGGUGCAGAAACAGUACAUACUGUAGUGAAGGGUGGUGAAGAGCUGGCCAGAAGAUAUUUUACAGUUUUGCACGUCAUACGUCACCGUUCUUUUAACAGGCCCCUUGGAGAAUAAACUGCACAGUUAAUGUCUAAAUAAUAGAAGAACAGGGCUCCACAAAAAUGGGUACAUGAAGGAUGUAGGAGUGGUGUUGGCAUAGAUCCAUUCAAAAACUGUAAAGCAGUGAGUUGCUGGAGUCUGUACAUACUUAAGAUCAGUUAUAGAGCUUGAUAAUUGGCUGAUUAAAUGACGGUCUUUAUGCUUGGUAAAUUACAUAGAAGCAUAUACUAUUUUCUCUCUCCCUUUUACAACUGUACAUCUAUGCUGAUGAAGUUUUGAGCUCCCAGUGCCUUCACCAUGAUACACAGGAUGCUCCCAGCACAAUGAUGACCGAUUAUUUUUUCAAAAAUGUCUUCAUUUUGUGACCUUUUCAGCAAAAAUGUCACUUAAUGUAAACCACACAAGCUGUAGGUUGCCGUUUGUUUGUUUUGGCACCAGAACAUGUGACAGCUGAUGAGAUUUGCAGAGUUGUCUACAGCUGGUGGUUACUGACCAGUCACUAGUAUGUGCUCUUGUGUCUUUAUGAAAAUGUCUCUGCAAGUAGGUAAAAUAAUCUUUGUGUCUGGUUUGUCCAAUUUUUAUAUAUGUAAGCUUGUUUUCAGGUUUGUCCCAGUCGGAACAUCAGCCUGGUGUCUGAUUGGAAGCAUCGCUCUCACCUUUUUCCAGGGUUAAUUUGAACUUUUUUGGACUUUUAAAGACACAGUUUUCUUUCAGUUACCACAAAGCAAAUCUAAGCUGCCAUCAGUCAGUCCUUGUCACAUGCUGAGCUGAUCAGAGACAUUCUAAUGCCUUUUUUCUGCUUACUAAUUUAGUUACUAGUUAUUGGCCUCACUCAAGCAUGUGUAGUUUAUAACCUAUGAAUGUUUAUUCGUGUCUGCUGACUGCUUAUCCUACACUGUAUAGCACACCCCCACACAUAUUUGUUUAUUUGGUAAACGUGCAAUAUUUUAAUACAUAUUCAGUCAGAGGACAGUGGUAAAAAAUCCUGUAAAAUAAUCCACAAAGCUCAUCAUGCCUCUCACAUUAGCCGGGUUUCCAUUCAAGUGUGACAGAAAAUUAAACCGAAUCUUAAGAAAAUCAGCGAAACAAACGUUAAAUGAAAGACCGCCUCUGGUAAAAAAAAAAUAUUUUACCUUGUUACAUGUUUGGAUUUGUUUUCAUGUCCAUAUGGUGCUUUUAUAUAGAGACGUAACAACGUGCCAUGAGUAAAAUAAACAGUCUGAGCUUUUCCAUCUUGAGACUGUAGAAUAUGAUGUUGGUUUCUAACACACAGAUUCAGACUUCCAGGGUUUCAUACGCAACAAAGCUAAGGAACCAAUCCUGUCUACUUGCAGGGUAAGACUUUCUGUAUCAUUAUUCUUCUACCAUUAUGAACUUUUUACAAUGAUAAUUUGCAAUGUAAUAAUUUACAUACUUCCCACUCUUGGGUAUUUAUUGUGCAAUCGCAAAAUUGGUAUAAAGACAGUUGGAUGGAAACUCACCUAACUGUGUUGAGCCAAUGUAUAGUCCUCUAUCCCACACAUCCACCUUGACUGGAUGAAGACCAAGUAGUCACUGAGUCCAAACUUUGCCACUUUAAUCAUAUUGUUGAAGGUUUUCGCAUUUUGAAAGACUACGUUAGGAUCUUACAGGCUUUACGAUAGGAAAACAACAAUCAGCGCGUCUUCCCUACUUUGAUCAGAAGCUGUUGUAGUUCCUGAGAAUAUCCUGACUCUGUUACAACACACGUCAUUCUAUGUAUCUCUUUACCAAACCUUAAUUUCUGAACACAGACUGCCGCAUACUGUUUAGCCUCAGUUGAAGCAGCUAAUCAGAUACAUGUCCUUCAACUGAAUCUGCAUACUCACUUGAGCCAUGUGGAGUUCUAAGAAAAGUUACACAUGUUACAUUCCAAGUUAAAAAAUGAAGUCAGAUUUUAAUGUUACCAUCAUUCCAGUGUUUUGCACUCAUUCUGGGUCCAUGGUCCCGUCUUUCCUUUCCAUUGUACUCACUUGUUAUUCAGUGUAUUUAUUAGCCUAUUUAUUUGCUAGAAGUGCUAAAUGAAAUCCAUCCAUAAAACAAUGAGAGAUGUGCUAGUGCUGACAGAGAGGACUGUCCUCUCUUAUGAAGUGCUUUUUCCUUGAUUCUGCCUUAUAAUGUGACUUGAUGAAGUUUGCUGGUUCUACAGUGAAGCCGCUGACCAUGCCUUAGUAGAACUCAAGCACCCAGUUCCAGCUCUGUACUGAAACUUUAACAUGUUAUUUUUCACUUUGUUGAUUUCUGCUGAAUGUUGAAGCUGUUACUACAUGUGAAAAGAUUUUAUUUCUUUGCUUAUGUUGAAUUUCAACAAAAUGGCGCUGCCCAAUAAUAACCUGCUCACCAUCUGCUGCAUAAUGCUGCCACUAUGACAAAAAGAACCGAUGCUUCACUUUCUGAUGGGACCAGAAAGUCAGAGAUUCUGGCCACUAUAGAAGGCUGUGUAGUACCAGAUUAAUAACAUCCAUGCAGUAUAAGCCCAACUUUCAAAGCUACCCCUGCUAGAAUGCUAUAGCUGAGGUGGAAGUAUAAAAUACUGUAAAAUAAUUCAUUUCACGUUUCCCUAAAAACAUGAAAUUAAAUGUUUAGAAAAUCUUCAAUAUUGUUCAUUUCUAUGUUUAUUAAUAAUUUCAGUGCAGCUUUGCACUUUCAGUUGAAUAAUUAGAAAAGUUCUUUUCGUGUUAAGCAAGUAAACAACAUUAUACCAUAUUUCAAAUAAUGUUUCUUAUCUAGACACAUGGAAUAAAACACAGAAAACCACACUCAUGAUCCAAGACUGCAGUUUUAUUCAUUUACAUUAUUACAAAUCCAAUGUGAUUUUGAGGACUUUUUCUGAGCAUAGAUAGAAAAGCUAGAAAAACAGUUCACACCCAUUAUCAACAGGCGUUUUAUGAAAAUAAUACCAAAGUGUCUUGUUACAGUAAGAAACAUUGUAUUGAACCACAUUAACUGUGUAAUAAUGAAAAAGAUUUGAUAUGAUAAGAUGAUGUUAUAGCAUGAAAAAUUUCACGCAAAAGCUUGUAUUAAGGACCAGAGCUAGUAUGUGUCAUAAUAGCAUGAAAACAUGGUACAAAAUUGAAGUAAUUUUGGAAAAACAAAUUUAAAAAUUAUCAAGUGGUAGCAAUGCACUGCUUUAUGUGUCUACUUUAAUCAGUAGUAGAUGUUAGACGUGACGUUGUUCAUGUAAAAAUGAACUGUGCUGUUUGUCUUGGGAGCUUUACAUAUUUAUGUUAAAUGAUCUGUAGAAGAGCCACAUUUUUGUAAACGGUGACAGCGUAGACUGAAGCUUUAUGGUGUCUCUUUCUCAGUAAUACGUGACGGGACAGAGCACAGGUCCACUGCUGGCUAUAAUCCUGUUCUGCUGUCUGCCCUCUGCCUCUUGUUUUCCUCUGCACUGUGACUCGUGAACACGUGGUUGCUUUGUGCAUGUUAAAACUGUCUUUUAAACAUUCACUGCUUUUGCAAAAACAAUAAAGUUACCAAACAUAAGUUAUUAAAUCUUCAA